GCUAUCUGGUCUGGCUUCAAACAUCUUAAUCUUCACCACAGAAGGAACAUAGGUAUUUCAGUCACCAACGAUAACAGCAAGAUUCCUGCUUAAUUUAUUUAUAAUUUUAAUAUCAAACCAUGAUUUAUAAAACCAUCCCUAUCACUGUGCAUUCUACAUUAAUAUCAUACAGGAUAGAAUGGCUUGGGUUGGAAGGGACCUUAAAGCCCACCCAGUCCGAGGCCCCUGCCAUGGGCUGGCUGCCCCACACCAUCUCAGGCUGCCCAGGGCCUCAUUCAACCCAGCCUUGGGCACCUCCAGGGAUGGGGCACCCACAGCUCUCUGGGCAGCAGUGCCAGUGAAAUAUCUACUAAGUACUGAAUCACUCAAAAUCUUUCUCUGAAAAAUCGUCUUAAUAAAGUUAUACAAUAUCUCAGGGCUGACAUAGGAACUGAAGUGUAAAAAAUUGUCUUUCUUCGUGUGAGAAAAAAUGCUUCUUGAUGGCAAGUUUUUUCCAAAUUCAAUAAUUUAAAAUAUAUUAUUGUAGUAACAUUACUGAACAUUUGUUCUUUAUUUGUAAAUUCUUUUACUUCAUGCUGAGACAAGAAAGAAGGAAGAUUUCCUGGAAAAUAAGAGCUGAGACAUAAACUAAACCGAGGGAAGUAGAUUGUGAAGAUAUAAUAUUUGUAAAGGGUUGAUAUAUUGCCAAUCUCUAUCUCACUUGCUCUCAGUGGUAGACAUAGAAAAAGAACUUCUGGCUACAAAAAAUAAGACUUCUCCUGGCAAGUACUUGUUUAUUACUCCUGCUAUAUGUUCCUUCUGGUUUGUGUUCAUUUUAUUUCUCAAACAAUUAUUUUUAUGGCACCAAUUGUUACAAAAUAUUAUCAUUACAUUUAGAGACAGAGAAAUACUCUUGAGGCAGUUUAUGUGUCCCUGAUACAGGAGGUGAAAAUGCACUGGUAGAGAACAGAAGAAAUUUUGAUAGGACCUAACAUUUCUUUGCUGAAGAUUAUAGAAUAUCAUAUAACAAAAUAAAGGUUAAAUAGACCCUGACAAAACUCAAGGUAAACAUAAUAAGGCAAAUAUAAUUUAAUUUAGGUUGCUUUUGAUAGUUCAACAUUAUCAUUAAAAAGAGCAAUGAAAACCAUAAUUAUAAAACAGCCUUACAAAAAAGUAGCAGCAGAAAAACCAAUUAGAAACAGUAUGGAAAAAGAGAGAAUUGCACAGCAUAGCGAUAUUAAUAGUGCAGGAAGGUGAAUCAAACAAGAAACUAUGAAGACUAUAGUGAACCUAACCUGAUUUGUAGUGUGAUCUAUAAGAGAGACUGGAAAUCAACCAAAUAAACACAUAUAAAAACAAAGAUAAAUGAAUAAAAUAAGAAGUGAGUAGAGAAAGGCUCUGGCAAACAAAGUAAAAAUAGUGGAAGUUUUUGCAUUUGAAAGGGAACUGAUAGCAGUCAAUAAAUACCCAUAUGUGGGUGUGUGUAAAUAAGGGCAACAGAACUCUUGGCUAUGAGUUGUGCGCAACAGAAGCAAACACAGCAUCCUUCCACUAAAAUGGCACAAAAAGCAGAGGAGCCACUAGGACUGGAAAUAACAGCUUGCUUCUGUAGUUAGCAAAAAAAUUCCAGCUGAGAUUAAGACAAAAGCAAAGAUCAAAUAGCAGCUAGAGUUCUGACAGCAAUAAUAAGUCCAGGAGGCAUGUGGACUGCUUUUCAUUUAUUUUUUUGCCAAUCACCAACAUCCCCUUGAGUUAUUUCAAGCAUCUAAAGCCUCUACUGUAAUAAGUUCAUAGCUUUAAAACACCGUACACCUAUAAGGGUCAGAGCUCUGACUAUUACUGCUGGUUCCAGAAGAUGCUAGAAAUUUCCGUGUGUAAAAUUUUGUACAUUAUUAAGUACAUCUUUUUUAUAUUGAUGAAUUCAUUUAUUUUUUCUCUGUGUAUGUUUCACCCACAUCUAUCUGUUUUCCUGCUUUCUAUCCAUGUCUAGAUAUCACAUCUAAGAGAUAUAGAGACAUCAAAUACAAAGAUCAGAAAUAGAUAGACUGUGCACACACUCAGAAAUAUAUAUAACUGUUUUCUCUUUCUGGAACAUCCAUGUGUGGGAAAUUCUGAAAAAAAAAACCUGGAUUGUGGUUCAGUUUUCAAUUCCCAAUCUCAGGCAUUUAAUUUUCAAUGUCUCACUGUCAUUUCAAACUCACUGUACUUAAAAGUAAGCUGUUCAUUUUGAUAUAUGCAUGUCUCACAGUAAACUGUCUAUUUUUCUGUGUAUCUAUUUCAGAGAGAAUAAUUUACUCUGUCCAUUCAUAAAACAGUAAGAACAUAGUGCCUUGGUACAGAAACUUUCUCCCUUCUUUGUUUUCUCUGUACACACAGACAGUCCUUUCCCUGAAAUGAACUCUCAGAUCUUGCUGGGUUUAGAACAGGAAGUAAAAUUACUUUUCUAGCCUCAGGAAGGGACUUCAGGACAAUUUAAACUGUAAUAUCACUAACAUGACUGAAAAAAAUCUCUUUACUGAUUGACUAUUAGGAAUCUGUGUGCAUGCUCUCUGCACCAAAUUUUUCGUACUACAGGAAAAGAAAACAUUAUGAGGUGUUAUAAAAUACCAACUGAUUCUUCUCUUCAUGUCAAAACAGGUAAAGAAUGUUGGGUAUAUUGGACAUACUGUGAUACGAGUUCCUUGCUACAGUUGACAUCUGUCAGACUGUUAAGCAUCUUUAAAAAUCAGAGGGAUUUGGGCUUUCUUAAUGGCAGUUUGAUAGGAACAUUUUCUAGACUGAAAGAUAUUAAAGGGCCAAAAAUAAUGGUUUUGAAAGAGCCAUCUUGGCUAAUCCAACGCAAACACCUGCUUCAAGAAGUGAUGACUUCAUCAGUCUUCCCAAAAGUGUAGUUAACCUUUCCUUAAAGACAUGUAAUUACUUUGCCUCUACUUUAUUUGGCAGACUGUCAUAGUGUCUGAUCAACAUCAGUGUUAAAGAAGAGGUCUAUACAUCCAGAUGAAAUUCAUCUUCCAUCCAAUUAAAUUUCUGGCCAUUACCUCUGCCCACUACAUAUUUUCGCAGUCAGUGGAAAGCUGCCCGUGUGAUGGAAGCUUUGCCUCCAUCGUCAGAGUGGCCAAGAUCUCAUAUAAUGUGUUUCCUAAAGCAGCUGAUGCAAUUCACUGCGUAGUAAUUGUGUGAUGGAUAGCACUGAGACAGUGCUCUGUCAGUGGAGAGAAUGUGUGAGGAUGCUGAGCGUAAGGCAAAGGAAUGGGUUUAGAUUUAAUUCCUGUAAAUUACUGCUAUGUAUUUUAGCUCAGCACACUCUGGCUACUGUUCCAAUGGGAGAAAAUCACCACGGUAAAAAAAAUAUUUUGUCAGUCCCUAUCUAACUGUUGACUGCUGCUAUUUCUGUGUGUAGUGAAAUCUGUUUUGUGGAGAAAUGCACUCUGGUUUACGUGCAUGUGCUGGGCAAGAUGCCGUCGCCUCACAAAGUUCUACAGACAUUCACCUGCUGACUUUUGUGGUAGUAGAAAUAUGAAGAUGGUAAAAAUGAUUUCAUCUUUUCCCUAUCAGUCUCAUAUCUGUUCAGUAUACUGAAUCAGUUCAGAGGUAGCAGAAAUGAAGCUGGCACAGGGGAAGCAUUUCAGCGAUGCACUGUGGGACACUGUAAGGAGUAAGGGGGAAAAGAGAAGUAUUUCUAUGUUCAGCUCCAUGAGCUCCUUCUUGGCUCAGCUCAUCCUGUCCAGCCACACACAAGAAUGGGACAUCCUAACAUAGAGAGCGUAAAAUUGUUCUUAAUGCUCCAGCUGCAUUAAUGAUGUCUAAUAACACUGCCCAGGGCCCCAUCCAACCCAGCCUUGAGCACCUCCAGGGAUGGGGCACCCACAGCUCUCUGAGCAGCAGUGCCAGGGCCUCACUGCCCUCUGAGUAAAGAAUUUCUUCCUAACGUCUAGCCUUCUUCUCUGUACACUGAUGAGUUUAGCAUUUCAGUUACUGUUAUUCUGUUCACAAAAUAUUGCUGCUUUGCCAAAGAGAAGGCACUGCCCUGCAGUUGGUUGUUUUUUGUUUUGCUUUGUUUUUUUCUCUAUAGGAUUUGAACAGUAAUUUGGGGUAUCCUUUUAUCUCUCUCUUCCAGAUAUGGUUUCUGUGUGACUGCUGUUACCAGUUCAGUUUUAGCUACCAGGGACCUUUAGGAACUAUUAUACUGACAAUUUGCUCUGUUUUUCAUCGGUAAUGCAGAUACUCCAUCUCGAGCUUCCUGCAGUACUGAACAUUUAUCUGGACAAAAGGUGUUAUAUUUGUAGGUAAACAAGCACCUGGGAGUUAUGAGUACUCCCAACCAGGCCAGAACUUGAAGGACUCCUGGCUGCUUCAAGGAUUUCCAGUCUUUGCAGAGCCAUGUGCAUGCUGCUGAAGGUUGAAACACUCCGAUUCUAUGUUCAGUGUAAAAAAGGAUGCUCUUACAAUGCUUAAACUCUCAGUCUCAGCCUGUUUUAUGCAGCAGCUCAGUCCCUGAACGUGUUCAUUAUUCCUGUCUAAGAACACGAGAUUGUCAUGUGUUGUCUCUGAAAAAAAAAAACACAACAGUAUCUCAGGUUCUGGAAAAGGAUCCAUGGAGGUUAUUCUCUGCAUUCAGCUGUUGCAGUCACUGUCUUUGAUGCCCUGAUUCCUAUUGCAAAGAAACUACCUGCUUCCCAAAGUUGACAGACUGAUCUCUUUACACUGACAAUUUUUGAAGUUCUUUUCUUUCCAAAUUCUAUUGCAAAGACUUCAAAAAAUAUAUAAAAAAAAUAAAUUAUUCUCAGAAGAAAUCCCUAAGAUCAACCCAAACACAAUCUCUGUAAUUUUCUGGGACACUUGUGAAUUUUGCAGAGAUUUAGAUCAGAGUGUUUUAGUCAGCAAACUAGCUAAGUAAAAAUGAUUUGCAGUUUGGUUUCCUCACGCGGAAGAAGGAGUGAGAAGACAGUGACCUGCACAACAAUGGAGCUUCUGUUUUGAAUUUUUUUAAAUUAAUAUCAGUGUAUAUUUCGUUCCAGUGGGUUCUGGUUGGAUACAAUGGACAGACUCCACUCUUACCAAAAGAAUUCUGACUUUACAAAACUAAAAUUAUCGGCUUUCUAUUUAGAUGACCCUUGAAGUAAGUAGGAAAAAUGAGAAAAUGGAGAUUCAUCCUGAUUUCAGCCAUCCAAGAGGCACCUACGAGAUACAGAAGAGUGUGAAAUAGAGUUGUUCUAAAAAAUAGAUUACUUUUGUCUAAUGGUGCAUCCAUGUACAUAGUGGAAAAUAAGUAAGAAAGACAAACUAUAAAAAUUGAAGUUUGUUAUGGUGAUUAUAAUAUAUACAGAACUGUGAGGACUAGAUUUUUCUAACUAUUUUUUCAUAAGAAAUCCAUUUGGGACAAUACAAGCAGUUAACUCAGAAAAUAGGAGAAACACAUCACUGUGUGUCAGGGUACAUAUUUACAAUGCAGAUGAGAUCAGAUAAUUUGACAGUGAUGAGUGUACAGAUAAAAUCUAUGAAUUCUAGAAUUUUUCUACACUUAAGGGCCAAAAAAUAUUGAAUUUAAGGAGAUUUUUCUGCCAGCUGCCUGGGGGAGAAAGCAGGAAAACUAAAGUCUGCUUUGACGAGAUGGUCAAAAUACUGUAGGGAUAUCACAGAACCUGUGUAGGCAUUUAGCUGCCCAAGCUACUUCCUGGUCAAAAGGAAAAUGCAAACCAAGGUCAAACAUAAGAAAAGGCUUCUUGAUGCACUUCUGUCAUCCACAAUACCCCAGCAAAGGUGAGCAGUGGCAAAAGCUGUGCUGGCAAAGAAACCUCACAGAAUCGCAGAAUCAUUAGGGUUGAAAAGGACAACUAACAUCGCUUAGUCAGCCCAUCACCACCAUGCCUGCUUACAGGUCCCUCAGUGCCACUGUUUUCAAAACGGCAAGUAAUGUAUCAGUAAGUAAAAGGAAAGAAACAAGACAAGCAGAAAAGGUAUGAUGUUAAUCUGUGCCUGCAGAGUCAGAUGGACAGUUUUCUCAAGUAGCCAAACUUCUGGAGAGCUUUGAAGAAGCAAUGUCUGCCUCUAACCCCUUUCACCUGAGUGCUAUCUUUUAAACCACCGCUCAUUCGCAUCCGUUUUUCUAUCCUUCAUUUCCCCCAUUCUAGGUUAAAACUAAAAAUCAGCAUUAGUAGAAGCAAGCUUUUUCAACUUGAGUGACAUCGUGAUCUUCAAGCACCAGUAAAUGGGCUAGCUGAAGCUAAUGUGGGCUUCUUGGUUUCUCUCACAUUUUCAGCCAGGUAAUCUUGAAUUGGCCCAUUAUAAUCCUACAGAAAAGGUUUUAUAGUUUCUUAUCAUAUUAUAGUGAUCUCUAGUUGCUGCACAUUAAUGUAGACGAACUGGUAAUUGUUGUCUGGUGGAUGCAAGCACUACACCUGAAGCAGAAGAAAAUGGGUCCCUUUGGAAUAGGUAUAACUUUUUUAAAAGAAGGCGGCAAGGAACAAGAAAUAGCCAGUCCAUUUCCAUAAUGGACAGCUCAAAGGAAGAAUAGAAAGAUAGAAAAGAGAGAGGAACAGUCACAGAGUAAGGCUCACAACUUAAACUCCCUGGUGGUGGUAUAAAAAUGUUUAAAUAUAUAUGUAUAAUGAAAAGAUGCACUAAAAAAAACUGUCAGCUUUGGGUGCACUUUGCUGGGUUCUUCCCUGAAAAAAGAAAAGUUGCUUUGAGGUGCCCAAGGAGAGAAGUCCUCAGAAACCCGGAGCCCAGCACUAGCGCUUAGCGGACAGCGUUCCCGAGGUAGGAGGCGUGCUUAAAGCCCCCCCACUCACCCUCCCUCCUGCCGCGCCCCGCCACGAACCUCCUCUCGCCUGCGAUCGCGGCAGGCGGGGUGCGCGCGGUGCCCGUUCCUCUGCACAGCCGGGCAGGGGCUGCUCGCAGCGGGCCGGGGGGAGCCGGGCAGCGCUCCCCUCUCUCUUUCUCCUCCCGCCCCGCAGCCCGCCGGCUCUGCUGGCUGAGGCCGGUGGUGCUGCCUCCUCCUCCUCUUCCUCGCCGCCCGGGAGGAACCGCGCGAGCUCCGCGCCCAGCGGCCCCGCCAUGGGGUUGCGCGCCGCCGGGCUCCUCGGCUGCUGCUGUUGCCUGCUGCCCCUCGUCCUUCCCGCCGCCCCAGGUGUGAGCUGUAAAGCUGGCUGCCACCCUGUGAACGGGUUUUGUGAAUUUCCCAGCGAAUGCAGGUGCCUGCCUGGUUGGCAGGGCACUUUCUGCAAUCAGUGCAUUCCUUUCCCUGGGUGCUUGCACGGCAGCUGUGCCAAACCGUGGCAGUGCAUCUGCGAGGACGGCUGGGUUGGCAGCCUCUGUGACAUAGAUAUUCAGCCAUGUUCUGCAAAGCCCUGCACCAAUAACUCAACAUGCAUAGAGACUGGUAAUGGAGGAUAUAUUUGUCUGUGUGCCCAGGGAUUUACAGGAAAAAACUGCCAUCUCAGGAAAGGACCUUGUAUUAUUAAUGGCUCUCCCUGCCAGAAUGGAGGAACAUGCAUUGAUGACAAUGGGUUUGCAACCCAUGCUUCCUGUCUGUGCCUUUCUGGUUUUGCUGGCGACUUCUGUGAAAUAGAUAGGGAUGACUGUGAAUCCAACCCAUGUGAAAAUGGAGGAACAUGUACAGAUAUUGGUGCAGGUUUCAGCUGUUUAUGUCCCCAUGGCUAUACAGGAAAGCUCUGCAGCAGCCGUGUCACAUUUUGUGCGAGUGACCCAUGUGAGAAUGGAGGAACAUGCAAAGAACAUCCACAGGGAGGAUUCAAAUGCAUUUGUAAGCCAGAAUUUGUUGGUGUGACCUGCAAACAUGCCAGCAAAAACACAAGUCUUUCUGGAGUGAAUAGUGGCACAAAGAACAUGCAGAAUUACAAGCUACCCCCAAAAGCUCAUCACAGAUCAGUACAUCAAGAACAUGAAAUCCUGAAAAUAACAGUGAAAGAAACAAUCCAAAAUGCAGAUCCCUUGCUCAGUAAAAGUCAAGUGAUAUGUUUUGUUGUACUGGGCUUACUUACAUGUCUUGUUGUUUUGGGUACAACUGGGAUUGUAUUUUUUUCAAAAUGUGAAAUGUGGUUGGCUAAUGCCAAAUAUAGUCAUCUCCUACGCAAGAAAAAGAACUUUCUUCUGAAGUCUAGCAAUGGGGAAAACCUUUCUGUUAAUAUUAUCUUCCCAGAGAAAAUCAAAUUGACGAAUUACACUAAGAACUACACUGCCAUCUAGGCCCUUGAACGCCUACUACCAAAUUGAAACAUUUCAUAACUAUAUGUAAAAUAAAUUGAACAUACUACCUUUGGUUGGCCUCAGGAUCUGUGGGUGCAUUUGCUGUGGCUUGUGCUGGAUGCUAAUGAAGAAAAAUGUAACAUCUGUAUUGCUAAGGAUUUUUCAUUCCCCAAAGUACAUUUAAAAAAAAAAAAAA